AUGGAGGAAUUUCUUGAUGCUACAAUUAAACAUCAACAAGAAAUCAAUGAUGGACUGAAAAAUUUUUCGGAAUUGUUGGACGAAUUAUUAUGGAUCAGUGAAGGAAAGAAAAUUAAUUCUCGCAAUCAACUGAAGCACAGAGAAAUAUCCAAUAAUGCAUUAUUGCAAGAAUUGGCAAGUGUUUUUGGGUUGAAAGUCACAUCCAUGGACGAAGAGGAAGCUAGCAACGAAACCAAAAUCUUUGUCAAACCUUCUUUUUUGUUCACAACCAUACCUGAUAUCAGUAGAACUAAUUCUUUCCAAUCGUUUUACACACGAUACGCUCUUUCACGAGAAUUUGCUUUUUCAAAGGCGUUCAAAAAGACUGCCACUGAAUCAGUUUCAAGUUCUUCGUUUGCAGAGGUUGUUCGUUCGUUGUACUUUAAUCGUUCGAACGAUGGAAUUGAUAAGAACCAAUUUAAAUCUUUGCAAUCUUUAUACGACCUUUGUAGGAUUUCGAAAAAAUUCGAUAGAAAAUAUAAAUUGGAAUAUGACUACUAUGACAGUAAUAUUUUGAAAAACGAGUCACCAGCGUUGUUUAGAGCGAACGAUCCCCUCGAUGGAGAAAAUUAUAUCAUUCAUAGAAUAAUCGUUACUCGAGGAUUGUUUGUUCCGUAUGAUUUUGAAAAUUGCGCUGUAACUGCUGUUAAAGCAUUUCAGAUUAUAUUGCACGGACAUGCCAGAUUAUUCAACAAGCCAACAUCCUAUCUACCCUUGGUAUAUGAGCUUGAAAAGGCUGUAGAAUCCUGCCAAGUUAAAUAUUGUAAUCUUAGGAGCAAUGUUUUCCCUCCACCACCGCUUCACGAUUUGCCAGAUGACACAACAACCUCUCCAUCUAAAGACUACUCACUUGAUCAAAUCGAAUGGCUUUGCAAUGAAUAUUUACCAAAUGUGUUCAGACAUAGAGUUACUUGGGAAAAUAGUGUUUUAAACAGAUCAGAACUUAUCUACAAGUUACUUUCAUGUAUGACGCGUAUGCCAAAGAAUAAGCGCUUUUCAGUUGAAAAAAGCGAUGCACGAAAGGAAUGGAGCAGUGUUAUGCUUUCUCAAUAUCCUGUAUUGAUCAAAAGAAAUGGCCAAUACAUGCUAAUUUAUGGUAUUAGAUGGAAAAGCUGUUCCAGCAUGAACGAAAGCGCCAAUUCAAUGAAGAAACAUGGAAUUUGUGGUUUAGAAAUGAAUCGAGAACACUUUAAUAAUUAUCCAUAUUUCAACUCGAACGGAACAGAAUGUAUAGAAACAAAAAAACCACCAAAUUCGCUAAUAUCAAUGUUUAAACCAGAACUUGAAGCAACAAUCAUAUCCAAAGGUUACAGACAAGAGUAUAUGCUCCCAGUUUUUCCUCCUCUUAGAACCUGGAUAUUUGGAAGCAUCCUCUCUCAUAAUUCUAUUUCAAAAACUGAUUUUUCUGGAUUAAUGGAAGGAAGAAAAUCCAUUCUUCAUGUUCUUUUGAAAUACAGACCAGACAUUGUGGUCAGCGAAAUUAUUAACGAAAAAGUGACAAGAUUGAUAUCAUCGGCACUCACCAUUAGCAAGCCAAAAUUUAGCAAAAUUCGGUAUACCAUUGACGAUUUCAAACGUUUACCUGUAGUUAAAAAUGAUACACCAUAUUUAGAAUGGUUUUUACCUUUCCAUUGCAAUGUAGAGUCUGUCAGCUUGUAUCGAAAAGAAAGAAUGUUGGCUUGGAAUACUCAGCGAUAUUUAGAUGGCCUUUUUAAACAUAUGGCUUUUCUUUUUAACGUCAGCAUUACAGAAAUGUCUAACUUGACUUUACAUGAAGCAUUAGAAUUGAGAGAUUAUUUACAAUCGACUAGUUUAGAAAAAGAAGUAGAGAAUGCUAAAAAUGUUCCUAAUUUUUCGUAUCAGAGACCACCUCUUUUGACAAGUAGCUUAAAAGAAGAUGCAACGCUGGCCUUAUUAUUGUUCCAUCCACCCUCUCAUGAUACUACGAUUCAAAACAUUGAACAAUCUCGCAACACUAUGCUUCAAUUGUUGCCUUAUAUUGUAGAGUGUGUUCGGGACAACAUUCAUCAAAUGAGAAAGGAGAGGUUUUAUUUUAAACUGUACUUGAGAGGGUUGUUUGUUCCUCAUAAUCCACUGCUUCAUAGAGAUUACAUCAAGCACAAAGUUAAGAAAUUUUUGAAGAGUAUUAACAAAAAUUUAGAAGAAGAUAUCAAAGAAAAUGAUGCAACGACUCUUCUACGCGACAAUAUUACGUUACUUUCAAGAUUUAUGAACCUGAAAUGGAAGAGGCCACUAUCCUACGUUCGAAUUAUGACUCCUUCCACAAGAUAUGUUUUUAAGAAAAUUGUUGACUGCUUUGCGAUACCAAUAGCCACUCAACUUCACGGGCAAAUAAUCUCCGAUGAAGAACAGAAGCAAUAUCAACCACCAAUGUUGGAUCGAACAACUAGCAUUGUCAAGAUAAGCCAUAUUGAUGACUCAAUUAUUCAAGCCAUCAAACAUCUUAUAAGUGAGAUACCAUUUUCAAACUUAGAAUCCGAGCAAAUGAAGGUGCCAACAUCCCUUGUUGGGAAAUAUUUAUCACGGAAUGCUGACGAAAAACAAUUAGCUCAUCUGUUCCUUUUAUUUCUCGUAGAAUAUUUACUCAAAACUAAACAGUCUAAAUCCAAGAUGGAUACCACAGAUUUAUGCAAGUUGGCUCUCAAUUUCAAAUUGUUAUCGAAAGGGACACAAAACAUUCCAGAUACUCCUUCUCUUGAACUUGGAUUGAUAGAUAUUUUCAAACAAACUAGAGUUAAAAUGACUGAAACGAGCAACAAAACUGUAAAGAGGAUUUUUCAACAACAAAAUUUUCACACACUUCGGUGGCGAAGCAAGACUACAACCAAUAUGAUAGAUAUCAAAACAAUGUUAUGGAACUCAUUCUUGGAACACAAAACUGACAAUUUUCUAAUUCAUCCUCUAACUAUUCUAAUACAUCCUACAGAGAAAACAAAUCUAUUUAUUUGGAAAAACAUGCUUGAAAUGAGUUUUGACUUGCAAUGUUACAUUCAGUACAGAGAUAGAACUAGUAGUUUUUUUCCAAUCAAAAUGAGUGAUGAAGAGAGGAAUGAAUGGGCUGUUUUCAAGAACGAAGCAGAAAGUAAUACAAACUUAAAAGAACAUUUUGAAAAAUUCUAUCCUUUCGACAUUUCUGCUCCUGUGAAUCAUAGAAACUUGGGAAGCGCUGAUUCAUCCCAAAUUUUUAAUUGUACCACGUUGUUAGAUAUGUUUCUGAACACACUCGACUGGUGUUCCUCCUCUUCUAGAUUGGCGUUAUUAGAUUCACUAAGUUAUUUGCCUCUUGCCAAACAUGACCGAUACCAUCACAAACAGUUCGGACAGUUACUUCCUCUUAUUCCAACCAAUGAAAAAGAUACAUUUACAGCAGACCCUACGAAUACUGAGAUAUGGGAUAUUUAUUUGAUGAUCCAGUGCUUUUCAAAACGAAUAAGGAGAAAGCUCCUACAAUAUAGAUCGCAGAGAGAAAUAUUUGGAAAAUCAGAAACAGUGUACAACAUUCCACAAGAUACUGCAUUGGAAAUAUCAAAUUUGGUUUCCAAUAUCUUGGAUUUAAUUAACAAGAAUAUUACAAGUUUUCAACGACAAGAUAUUUGUAGAAAUAUUAUUAACGAAAUUAAUAACUAUCAAUUUAACGAGAAGAGCAAAUAUCACGUGUUAUGGGACUUGGUUUCCAAGAUUUUGAAAUUCUGCCAAGAUUUUGAAAUGGAAAGAGUUUUCUCUAAAAUAUCUGAUAAGGUGACAUCAGAUACUGUACAUGAUUUACUUAAUCCAAAGGAAUCUACAUCAAAGGCUCCUCAAAGUGAAUUUAGAAGAGUCUUGAAAGAUAAUGAGCUUUAUUCUCUUUCUCCUUUUCUUGAUAGAGACUUGGAGCAAUCUAAAACAACACAAAUUUUGGACAUUGAUUCUUCUGAACAUUCUGUGUUAAGAAGCAAAACUUUAGGAAAACCUAAACACAAAUCAUUUGGUCACUCUUUUUUCAAAAAAGCUAUCAAGCAGAGUCAGCAACACAAUUUCGAAGCGAUAUUUGGAGAGAGAUUUAUUGACUUUGCAUAUAUUUUAUCUUAUGGACAUGUUAGAAACACUAUUCCAAGCUAUAGCGACUCACUGCAUACGUUGUACAUUACUGAGGCGGAAGCAGCUUAUAUGAACGAGCAAGAGAGGCCAUUGUUCUAUCAGGCAAUCGAUAGAGAAUGGGACAAUAUUCAAAAACCAGAGCCAUCUGACCCGUUGACAAUCAAGUGUGACUCAGUAGAGGAUUUAGAACAAUUGGCUGAUGAGGGUGUAGACGCAAGAAUGAUUUUUGGAGGAUUUGCUGGAGGAGAUUGUGAAUUAUUGUUGUGUCAUCCUUCAUCAGAUAUUGAGGCUAUCAUUGGUCAGGACAAAGAUGUUCUUCAGAAUCAAAGAAUUGAGUUCUUUGGUGAAAUGGGGUGUGGAUGGAUGAAUUUAAAUGACAUCGUUGGUCCAGGAAUUCAGACAAUAGCUCCUUUUACAAGCGACAAAACUCGACCAAAAGUUUGGUUAGGUACACCAUUGGAGGGUAGAUUUGAGUAUUAUCCAGGCCUAUCCUUAGAAGAAAACAAAACUAGAUUUAUCCACAAGUCAAAAGCAAAGAAAACUCUCAAAUAUUUGACUCAUCCCAAAACAGACAUGGAAUGUGAUCGACAUCACCUCAGAGACACCAUCCCGCUCUUCAACUUGGAAUUUUUGUUUUUUUCAAGUGUGCCCUUCAAUUUUAAAUCUUUUCCUUCAAUGUAA